UUCUGGCAUUUCUGCAACGAUUUUGACUGCUGAUGAGUCUCCUCGUGAUAGUCCAAGAAAAAAGAAAACAAAGAAGCCCCAAAAUGAAGAAUAUGAAUCCAAGCAAAAGAGUACCAAAUAGAGCAGCGACUUGCAGCAAAGACACAGAGCGAUUAGGAGAAAAAUGGCAGCAACCCGGAGGUCCUUGUCCCUGCACCUACUUCCAGCAACUCCCACAGGCUAUAGCCAUGGAGAUUCUCUCAAGGCUCUCCAUGAAAACCCUCUUCAACUGCAGGUGCGUUUGCAAAGAGUGGCUUUCUCUAAUUUCUGACCCUCACUUUACUCAUCUCCACCUAUCAAGAUCAAGAAUUGGCAUCUUGAUCAAGAAGUAUCCCCAUAAUCUGAAAUCAUGGAAACCUGAGUUGACCCAUGUAGAGGAAUGUGCUGAAUCUGAUUUGUGGGUAGACACAAUGAACUUUACUGACAAUGUACCCAUUUCCGAAUUCGGUUUGGUAAACUCAUGCAAUGGUUUAGUUUGUUUGUCUGGACCUCAUAAAUAUGACCCAUGUUAUGUUUGCAAUCCAAUUUUGGGUGAAUUCAUCAUCAUUCCACCUACCCAGAAAGGUAGGGGCUGGUGCAGUUUUGUUGGGUUUGGUUUUAGCGUCCGGACGAAUGAGUACAAGGUGUUGCAAACGAGCUUAUCUGACAACUUCUGCAAGGCUGAGGCUGAGAUAUACACCAUUGGUACAGGGCUUUGGAGAAGCAUUGGAAAUGCUCCUAUGGACUUCCCUGAGUUACCAUUCAAUUCUUAUCUGCGAGGAGCUCUUCAUUGGGUUUCCUAUGGUGGUAAUAUGUCUAUGCUUAUAAACACUUUCAACUAUGGAACAGAGCAAUUCCAACGAUUACCCUCACCUAGCUGCUUUGGACAAAGAAAGAAGCAAUCUUCAGAGUCUUUUAAGUUGGGAGUGUUAGGAGGUUGCCUCCUUUUAUCUGUGUUGGAUGAUGAAUCUAGAAAAAUUGGCAUGUGGGUUAUGAAGGAUUAUGGUGUCCAAGAGUCUUGGACUAAAUUUCUUGUCAUCAUCGAAAACUUGUUUCAAAGGACACAUUUCUUCAGUUUGCAUGAACCUAUCAUGUUUUUGAGUAAUGGGGAAAUCCUGAUGGUGCACAACAGUUGGGAUGUUCUUUGUUAUAAUAAAGAAAAAAAGAGUUUCAGGGAAAUCAGAAUUACUGGGACUCAGUCGUCAUUCUCAUUCGAUGCAAUUGCGUACAGUCCAUCCUUUGUUUCACUCUACGAUGUUUCAAGAGGAGAGAAGGUGAAGAGGGUAAGAGGCAGGAAUAAAUCUGACAAGCUGCUUGCUGUGGGGAGUUCUGAUUGUGUUGGUUCUGGUAUGCCACCCUACAAGUACAGAAAACUUAACUGAGGUUAUGGCCAGCCUAUUUUCUUGUGACCAUCUUCUGUUUUCUUGGAUACCAAAUGGUUGUUGCUGUCUUCUUUUUUUGCUGAACAAUUUCAGCUGGAUUUCACUUUGAGGAUAGGGAAUGAAUGUGCUAUAUGUGGCAGGGACUUGGGUUUUGUUUUCAAAUGUAAGGGGUUCCGAAUGUGUCGAUAAUGUUACGAAACACAAGUUCAUGCUGAGAAUUCUUGAAUUGCUUUUUAGUUUCAA